AUGUCUAUUAACGCCUCUGAUUACACUGACUGUGGAUCACAUUCCUACCAGUUGUCAUCAUCUCACUAUGCCAGAAUAAACUUUGUGAUAGUUUCUUGCAGUACUGCGGUAUGCGCAUUUCUGGCAAUCAUAGUCAACUUAUGGUUCAUAUUCGCUGAAAUAGGAUGGAACAAGCGAGAAAGGAGAACACACCAUGCAAACAACCUUUACAUAUUAUUAUCAUUCUCAGAUCUAUUAUCCGGUCUGGUUUUAUUACCGAUUUACAUUAUGCUAUCAGUUGGUUUUAUUACAGGAAGCCCAUAUUGUAAUUUAUUACAUGUAAGAUCCUUGUCAACGUACACGAUUGCAACGAUGUCAAUCACUGUCAUAGCAUGUAUCACGCUGGAAGUGUAUUUUUCAAUUGACAAACCAUUUGUGAACUCAGUCAAAGCGAAACGCAAAUUUUUAAUUCGAUGCACAAUCGCUGUAUGGACAGUUUGCGUGGUAUUGCCACUUUUAACAUACUAUAUAUUUCCAGGUCUUUUUAAGGUAUACAAAACCAUAGCUACAGUAUAUGGCCUUUUGAUACUGUGCUUCCUGGCAUAUUCCCAGCAUAAAGUCCGCUCCUAUCUCCGACGAAACACAACUUCACGUCUACCUCGUUAUAAGUACGCAGCCAAUAUAGCCUUGUUGACAUUUUUAGUAUAUUGUUGUUGUUAUUUACCUGCUGGGUUAAACAAUAUUGGAAUUAUGAUAACAGGGAGCACAACGUUGACUCAAACAUUUAUUGAUCCUUGGUGUUACUGCAUCGCUUUGUCCAAUUCAUUUUUUGAUACAUUUGUGUAUGGUUUACGAUCAAGAAGUAGAAGAGUCUCAUCUUUAUAG